UGAAAAACAAGUUUAAUUCGCUAUGGAAUCGGAAUUCACCAAAGCUUAUAGCAGUAGUUUACCAAAAUCGAACGUGCUUAAGCGAGGAAAAUUUUUCGCAUCCAAUAGUGAUUUUUGUUCGUCGGAAUUCUGUAAUUUUAAAACUUCAAUACUGAGGAUAUAAAAAAUAGCCAAAUAGGGCGAAGUUCAGCUGUAGCUGCUCUUCCACUUAACCCGCUAUAAACAGUCUGUACAAAAGGAAAUAAUGUCCAAACAGAACGAGAACAGAUGGACUAAUUUUGCAUUGAGAAUAAUAGUAAAUACAGUGUCACACCCAUUUGAAUAUGCCAAAAUUCUGAUACAGAUCGGAUAUGAGCCAAUUCCACCCAGGCCGACUAAAACCCUUUUUGGAAAACCUGCUCUGAAAUUACCCAACAUUUUUGAAUAUGUAAAACAUAUAAAAUCUGUGGAUGGUAUUGUGGGCUGUUGUAAUGGCUUAACACCAAAAAUAACAGGAAACAUAUUGAGCACUAUUGUCACAUAUAGGCUUACAGAAUACUUGAAUCCUCCAUGUGAUGAUGAGUUUGAAGUAGAGCCAACAGAGGAGCAACGGAAAAAACAAUUUACAAAGAAGCUAAAGUGUGAUCUAAUUUUGCAUUCUUGUGCGAUUGUUGUGAGUCAACCAUUUCAUGUCAUCACUGUCCGUAUGAUGGCUCAGUUUGUCGGAAGAGAAACUAAGUAUAAUGGGAUAUUUACCUCAGUGAAAGAAAUAUACCAUCAGAAUGGAGUCCUAGGAUUUUUUAGUGGACUGGUACCAAGAUUACUAGGAGACAUUCUAUCUUUAUUAUUAGCCAGUAGUUUGACAUAUGCAGUUAGCCAUUACUUGAUUGAAGACAGAGAAUUGCAUAUUUACACCUCAGCUAUAAUGUCGUUCCUUGCAACUGCCAUUACAUACCCAUUCAGUGUGAUUUCCAAUUGCAUGGCAGUGACAAACUCAGGAUUGAUGGCUGGAUCACCAAAUUUUAUGCCCCACUACUCCUCAUGGUUGGACUGCUAUAAUGACCUGGCCAGUAGAAACCAACUGAAGCGCGGUUCUAGUGUCUUGGUGCGCUACUAUGUGGGACCAUCAAUUGUUAUUGGGGGCAAGGCCAUGCCUUUUCCAAAGGAUGUGAAGGCAGUUUCAUAAUCUGUCACUUUUUUAGUCCAGUCUCUGUGUGUAAAUAUUUUAAUACCAUUUCAAGACACAUUGUUUAUAUAUUUACCUUCAAUAAAUUGUUGUUUUUUUAUUACAGA